CGGUCCUCAUGACAACCGAUGUAGCGUUCGCGGAGUCGGGCGCCGCCGGUCAGAGCUGCACACAGUCCAUGCCAUGGCCUUCUGCGACAGCCAUUACUUCGAGAAGACCGGUGUCCUCUUGGAGAAUCUUCGCCAGAAUGAGAAGAGGAGACUGGAACUCGAGCGGGACCUCUGUGCCUACUACCGUAACCGAAAUUGUCAGAUGAGCAUUUCCAAGUUGCAGCAUUAUCUGAAGAAUGUGUGUGAACGAGAGAAGCACGCCAAGAGAAGGAACCUUGAUCUCAUGAAAGAUGUGGAGUACAUGUGUCCGCGUGGAGGGGCGUUGUCUCCGGGGCGUAGCGAUCUCCACCGAGAAAAGGUCUGCACAGUUUACUCCAAGGAGCCCAUUGUUUCAAAGUCCCAGAAAUUGCAGCCAUCGGACGUCUUGCCCGGACGGCUUCAGGGAAGCGGUGCUUUAAGCACGCCGGGAUUUCCGUGGGAAGUUGCCGAGUCGUGGGAUGCGAGUGAGAAGAACGGAGCCUUGCCGUUUCUUUCGGAAGCCGGCGGGCUGCACAAGAGCGACGGCUCCUCCACGUCACGUUUGAUCUCUCGCUCGCUUCAGGGAACGGCGGCGGCUGAUGCUAGUGGGCCCAGCCUAGUAGCAAGCGGCUCACCCGCGGAAGACCGACAUCAUCCGAAAGUCUCUUCAAAUGCCAGAGCCACCAAAGAAAAUAUCACAAGGCCUCCUCAAAGACCGUCACCUCAGAACGAAUCCGAAAAUGACGCCAGCUGCACCGGAGAUGAUGAAAACAGUAAGAGCGGCAGUGUUUCUAAUCGGACUCCCAAAAAGCCCAGUAACACCAGCAGCGAGCAUUCUCUGUCCUUGAACGAGGUUAAAGAUCUCGAGAUGUUGCCUGGAGGAAGUGACAUCGCAGACACUCACUUUAGUGAGACGGGGCCACAUAGGACACCAGCCGAGGAAGGCCACACGACCACAGACGUCAGAGGUUUCAGCGGUGAUGUUCGGUGGGCUGUGUCAGUGGAGUCAGAGGUCAAAGAACAUGGAUGGAGCUCGGUGGUAUCAGAGGUGACCUCCAUGGGGCUUUCAUUGGAGGGCUUUUUUCAUUUAAUGAACAGCAUUGAAGAAAGGCUUGAUCAAAGAGAAAAUGAGCUGUAUAAGAUUUCAUCAAUUAGUGAAGAAAAACUGAACAAUUUAAUAAGCCUUUGUAACGGCAAGGCUGCCUUGAAUGGAGUGGACCUUGAAGCAUGUGGAGCGGUCGUCCUUCAUCAGUUUCAGAGGUUGUCAUGGAGCGUGUCAAAAGGAUGCGUGUUACCCGAAGAGAUUGUUAGCGCUAACUGGACGAGCGCGGAUGAGAAAAAAAUCAGGUCCUGUCUGCCCGCAGAUGGGUCAGCUCUGUGGGAACGGUGGCUUCAGCAUGCUCAUGCGCUGGAGAACUCUGGCCUCUUCACCACCAAUCAAAUUGUGGAACUGUUUACACCAUUACUGGUACAGAAGGAUGCUUCCUAUUUGAAAAAGGCUAAAGUGCUGGUGAAGAAAAUCUUGCCGCAAGCGUCUGACGGGAGUCCGUCUGAGAGCAAUCGGUCAUCCUGCGAUCUUCCAUCUCUCCUCGACGACAGCGAGGAAAUAAAGACACCCAGACCUGACCACUGGCUCAAAGACAACAGGAAACAAGGAGGACAAAGUGGUGAAGAGGACAGCAAGGAAGAAAGCUUUGUGGAAAGUAUUCCUAUUAGAGAGACGAAAGCGUAUCAGCUGCUUAAACAGUCUGUCGCGCAGCAGAGACGGCUGAGCUCUGAAGAGGAGGGUGACGAUUCGGACGUGGAUCUGUCAGUGGACGGACAAAUGAAUACAACUCGGGGGCCCCCGAUGCCCUCAAAAUCAAGCCCAUUGCGAAGUCAACAAGGCCAUCGAGUUUGGCAGGACCCUUCCCCAGCAGAGGGCGCUCACACUUUGGGAAGCAGGCAGGACCAGAGCCCGGCGAAAGCGGCGUCAUCCCUCUGAGUGUCCUCCUCCAAGCUCUGCUGCUCAAAUCUGCCCGUCGGAGCAGCCAGCAACAAUUUUGCAACAGGUCAUAACUGGGACAGGAGUAGGAGUUGAUGGGAAUUAUGGGGUGGCCCCUUUAUACCCCCCACACAAGCACAGCUGUGGAGAGUCGGCACUAUUAGCGUUUUUGUGUGGGUGGGGGGGGGAGGAGGGGUCAUAGAUGGGGCAGGUAAAUAAAGGCAGUGUUUUAUUUCACAAGUCGUGCUAAUUGCACAUGAAGUGUGAGUGAGCCACACUGGUGGUCAGCGUCUCUGGCCGCCGCUGAUUUUUUAGAAAGUUUACUACAAUGUUUAAACACAUUAAGUGGAAUCAUAUGGUGCUGGCUUCUUGGGAAAAUCGAAAUUCAUCUCUGCAAAUAGUGCAGAUCCGGGCGACCGAUCCUAGAGACGCACAGCUGCGAAGUAACUGCAGGAUCCACUCAUGUAACUCCGUCGCACACCAGCCCAUGCAGGCUUCGCUCAGAUGCUUUGUAUUUUCCCUCCUCCUUUUUUAGGUUAUUAUUGGUAUUAUUUUAAGUAAGAGCCCCAUAUUUUGGAACUGCACUCUGUAUAAAUUCCAGAACCUGCGGGUGACGCUCAUUACCGCAUGGUGGGCAGCCAUUAUGAACGUGACAGUGACGUACGUCCAAUGAGCCUGACGUGUUGCUGCUGAAUGGCAUGGAGCCACGCGGCGCUGGGCGUCGUGCUUCUGCUUUGUUAGCAUCCUUACGCCAGAGUGUGGCAUCGGGAUUGUUUUCCUGUGGCAUCGCGGUCAUGCACAGGUGCUCAAUCUCGAUGCCCGCAAGACUGAGAACAAGUUUGUGGCGAAAGAGCCUUCAAAGCACGCCUUGCUCCGCUGGGCCUUCACCCCGCUGGGCUUAGUUGAGUCAAAGAUGUAUUAACUACGUGCUCUUAACAAAAAUAAACUAUUCAGUACAAUUUUUCAUUGUAGUUGAGUGUCACCUUGCACUGUAAAUGUCCUGCAUUUUUUGCAAACCUAGUAGCUCAAGGUUAGUAAACAACUGCAGUUUGUUUGUAGUUAAGAUACUCCUUAUUCCGGAACAUUUAGAAAUUGUGUCCAGCAGCCAUAAUGUCCGGUACCCAUAGUACCUGCAGGACAGCAUCCGCACAGGCAGACAUACACGUAUGUAUGUGGUUGCCUGAAAACGGAAAAUGCAAUUCGCAUCAGGAUUUAUUACAAUAAAUAACAUAUAUAUCAUGCAAGGGUGCUGUCUGCAAGAAUGGAAAGGCAGCCAUUUGGGUUAAAGCCACAAUUUGCAUCAUAUUACAGAUUACAUUUACCUCUUUGUGCAGUCAUCAUUGCAGCCUUACUUAUUCAGAUCAUUGCCUCAAUUAAGUCGAACCCGGCACAAGAUGCACCGGCAUAAAUGUUUAUGGAAAUGGAAUAUUAGAUUGAAAGGGUCAACGCCAUCUCCUGCUCUCCAUGGUAAUAGCAGAGUCUUGAAAUCAGGCCGGUCCCUGUCUGAAGUGGGACAGAUGAUGGAUUGUUCCCCGUGAUGUGGAAGUUAUAUAAAAGAACGGCCCAAUUUUCCAUUUGAAGCAGGUAUUUAUUAUUGUUAUUAUUAUGGAGGUAGCAAGUAAAAUGUUGCUGUAGAUGGGGUAUUCUUUAAAACGGGCUGUGCUGAAAUUGCUUUUGCUAUCCGUGUGCCGAGUAACGCCUUCCUAUAUCGGCACAUACGUUGAAGUGCUUGUCUUAAAUACACGGAAUUUUCCAACAUGCCUCAAUGCCACAGACUCCGUUUGUGCCGUGAACGGGGGCCUCGUGGGCGUGGGUGGAAGGUCUCCAGGUAACCUCGUGUCAGACCAUGACUGAGGGAUUACCCCCCUACCCAUAUCUUCAUCCACGAUUUUCCGUUGAGGUGUUUGAAGGGCAGGCGUAGAGAAAAGGCCGAUUCAGCAUUGUCUAUCGCCGGGUCCCAUUAAAUCUCCCUGUGAAUGUGUCACUGCAGGCUCUUCGCACAUAGAAAACAAACAGUUUCCCUCAUCCUGACCUCAGCUGUCAUGCUCCCUGAUAAAGGAUGGAUUUGAUCUUCCGGACCUUUCGCCGUGAAUGAAAUGAAAUGUGUACAUUCAUGGCAGAGUUUAGUCGCACAGAAGUUUCUCGUGCGUUUUGUACGACGGUUUUCACGCCGCUGGCAUCCAGGCCAAUUUCUGAAUCGGUUACUUGCUCUGAAUAGAACUUUGAGGAACAUCUAGUCAACUUCGGCGCUGGCAAAAUAGUCAGAUCCUUAGGGCUUGACUGUACAGCUGCGGGGUGGCUCAGCUGGCACCUGUGCUGGCCUCCCUCCCACCUCCCAAGACUGUGUAUGCACAGUUUGCCCCCCUCCCCAUUCAAAAA